AUGGACAUGUAUCCUGUAACCUAUCCCUCCAUAGCGCCUACUCAUGGCCAACCGAAUGUGAUCAUCCGCCUACCUCCGGGCCCGUUGUUUCAGCAAGAGGCAGAACAUAGUGGAAGUCAAGAUGAUCUUUGCUCAGAAGCUCUGGCGUCCGUCACCUCCUCAACGGUCGUAACGAUCAAUUACCGUCUAGGGGCAACCGCAUCGACAGACCUCGCAUCGGAGUGGGCCCUAUCCGAAGACGAAGAAAGGCGUCUCUCUGCGGUCAAGAAGCAAGUCUUCUAUCGGUACCCUACACCCGUCCAUGAUACCCUGGCUGGAUUCGAUUGGGUCCAGCAGAACCUCCAACCCGCGCGCCUAUGUGUCAUCGGCACACACAUCGGUGGCUCGCUAGCGCUCAUGCUCGCCCUCACCGAAGCGCAAUCUGUUCAUGCCGUCGCGGCCCUAGAACCUAUCUGCGAUUGGGCCGGGCUGGAUGAGCACUGUCUUAUGGAAGAGCAACCAGCUCAGGAGAAAAGCACUGCCAGCAAGAGAAUACGGGGUGCAGGAAGCCGAGUCCCCGCUGCGCAGGAUCUUGUCCCGCUCCUUGAAGCACGGGAGAAAUUCUUCGCCACGCCGGAGCGCUACUUUGAUGCUUUUGCCUCGCCUGUCCUGCUCCUACGGUCGGCGGGUAAGGACGUUCCGAGGACGUUUCCGAAGUACCGCACUGGUCCAGACUAUCCCGUGCCUGUGCUUGUGUCCAGCAAAUUAGACAGACAACCGAUUGGUGUCUGGGAACCCGAUACGCAAGACCAGUCAAUCCACCAGCAAGUUGACGUCUACGACUUGGAGACAGAUCUACUGUCCGAUCCAGACCCCGACGCAAAGUCCAGAAUUGACCCCGCCGAUGCCAGCUUCGGGAUCCAGGGCCGCGCCAUCCGCCGCCGCAAAGCCCUCUCGCGCUGGCCUCCAUACGGUCUAGACUAUGGUUUGAGCGCCUCCCCUCGCUACCAUAUCUACAACCAAGGAAUCAAACGGCUCGAAAUGGCCCUCCCGAACAUCCGUCUCUUCGUCCGUGCCAGCGAAAACGAAACCGAAACCGAAACCGAACAGCCUGACUCUCUCCCUGCGUCUGCCGGAGGUGGGAAACGGCAGGGGCCCCGACACUCAAGAAAAACACAGCGGCGCUCAAUCCUGGCGCACCAGGCGGAUGAGAUGGUUGAUGUUAUGCGCAGGGCAUGUUUCUGGGGCCGGGAGAAAGGCUACGGGGAGAGCAGAGUCACGCUUGCGCAGGUGGCAUCUGGAAGAUGGCCUGUCUCUGGCGAGGAUGACGCGGGGAGAUGGCUGGGUGAGGCAUUGUUUUCAAAAGAUUCAGAUGCGAAUAGCUGA